CCUCACCCCCUGCCCCUCUUUUCCCAUACCGUUAAGCCGUCAUGCGAUGAGGGCCCUCGCCCCUGAUCAUGUCACCCCGUCCCUAUCGCUCCAAGCGCCAUCGCCCCUGUGAUCAAUGCCGCGAGAGAAAGCUUGGAUGCCAGACCGAAGACGGUCUGCCGUGUCUGCGGUGUCGCUCCGCCGAUCUCCCCUGCAGUUUCGACCUUCCGCCGCCCAAAAGAUUGCGUCGGGGGUCUUCAUUAGGGCAGACGAAUGUCCGAACUAGCUCUGUGGACUCACCCGUGUCCCGCCAACGACCGUCUUCGGCAUGGGAGGAAACCCCCGGCGCUGAACCCGCGCCUACCGCGCCUACCUCGCGGGCCCAGUCCCCCAGGCCCGGGGGUGUCAACCCCCCCCGGCCGGCAUUCGCUCACCUUGAAGAUCUCCCGGACGCUAGUGGUGCCUCGCCUGCGCUGUCGGGUCAUAUGGUGGCGGGUCCCUCGGUCACCCAGUUCGUUCAGAGCCUGGAUCAGCUCGAGGGCUUCUCGGCGCAGCUGUUCGGCGCCUCCGCCGAGUCCGACCCCUGGCUUCUGCGCCAUUGCUCGUUCGACGACGGCGGUGUCAAGGGGUUUUACAAGGUGCACUUCCGCAAUGCCGGUGGUGUGCCAACCUACGACAAGAUCCCGGUGCACUUUAUGAUCGCCGCCGACGAUCUGGCGGCCACGGCCAAGAGCGAGACUUCCUGUCGCACGGCCGAUGGUGCCACGCGCGAGGAGCUCAAUCGUCUCGUGCCCUUGGACUGUGGCCAACGUUUGGUUUCUCUAUUUGUCAAAUACGUGUUCCCGGCGUUGCCGCUCAUCUCCCGCUCCCAGCUGGGGCUGACCCCAACGUGCUCGAUGCCGGAGCAAUGGGCGCUGGAGAACACCCCCGUGCAUUUAUUGGCAGCCGUCUACGCGGCAGCUCUGCCGUUCGCCGGCCAUGAUGACUACCUCUGCGUGCUGCACACGUACAACGUCCCCCCGGUCGAUCGGCUCUGGCGCAUGACAUACGAGCUGGUCGCCGAAGAGAUUCACACGCCGCACCUGUCGGUGCUGCAGGCGGGGCUCCUGUACCUGCACAAGCCGCUGGACGAGGCGCGGGCCAGCACGGCCGACUCGCCGUUCAUCUGGUCCUGGGUCGGCAGUCUCGUGGGGUUGGCCGAGUCGUUGGGUCUCCACAUCGAAUGCCGCAUGUGGGGCAUUCCGACGUGGGAGAAGCGCCUGCGACGUCGGCUGUGGUGGGCCGUCUACGCUGAGGACAAAUGGCGCAGUCUGCUGCUGGGACGGCCGUCCUACAUCCAUCGCGGCGAGUGGGACGUCAGCGAGCUGGAUGGCGCGGACUUCCUGUACCGCGCCCGCGGGGCGUCAUCGUCCUCGUCGGCCGUGCAGCCCUCGCCAGACCCUGUGCCAUUCCGCUACCUGGUGGAUUUGUCUCGGAUUGCGGAGCACAUCUACGAAUCGUUCUACACGCUGCGCGCGUCGCAAUUCCUGUCAGAGCGGUUCGGCGCCUCGCAUGAGACGGGGCGGCCGCUCCUGGAAAAGCUUAACGAGUGGUACUCGUCGCUGCCAGAGAGCUUCCGGCUGCCCAACUGGAACAAGUCCGUUAGCGGACUAGCGCCCUACCCGACGUCAAUCCACUUCGCCUACCUGAUCCUGGUUCUCUACGUGUACCGGGCACUACUGCGGCCGAUGGCACGCUCGUCCAGUCCGCCGCUCAUCUUCGACCUAGACGAGAUGCCCGCGGAACCGACCGCCCUAGACCUGGACGACACAUCCAUCCUGGACAGCAUCGUCAUGCCCGACCUGGAGUCUUUCCCGGCGGUGGUGGAGCUGACGGACCACGAUACGGGCGAGACGACGCUGAACGCCGCGGAGCGGUGUGCCUCGAUCGUGAUCAACUUCACACGACGUCUGACCCCGAGCGACUUUACGGGGUUUUGGUAUUCCUGGUCCCGGAUCGGCUUUGCGACGGUGUCCAACUUUGCGCUGCUGCUGCUCGUGCAGGCGCCCAAUGCCGAGCGGGCUGUUAAAGGAAAGCAGCUGGUGGAUUCGUGGCUGCGCGUGCUGCGGUGUCAAAGCGUAAGCUUUCCGAUGGUUCGACUGGGAUUGACUCGACUGGAUGCGAUCCACUGGGUGGGUCUCGAGCAGACUUUUGUGCUGCCGCAGCAUGUGCUGCAGGUUGUCAACUCUCCGCCGGGCUCGGCGACCGUGUAGCUCGGCCGUCGGCGGAGACGGAGGCGUCGGCCAUCGGCCGUGGCCACGCCACUGAGCACAUGUAUACAGAGGAACAAAGAUAUAAAUAUAGC